AUGUCCACCCAAGCUCCGAGAAAUUCCACCUCCACACUCACUCCCGGGUCGCAGAGCACUCUCGGGAUUGUAGACCCUGUUAUCGCGGAAAAGGGCAUCGUGCACAGCAAGGCAGGUGCCGUCAGUGACAGCGAUGCCGAGUCUUUUCAAGGCAAAGAAGAGAACAUCAUCCACUGGGACGGCGAUGAUGAUCCCAAGAACCCAAUGAACUGGUCACCGUUUCGGAAAUGGUUGACUAUCGGGUUAAUAUCUGUCAGCAGCUUCAACGUAUCUAUGGUCUCAACCAUCUUCGCUCCCGGGGUACCCCAAGUCGAGAAAGAGUUCAAUUCAAAUAGCUCGGCCAUCUCAUCGCUUAUGGUCUCCAUCUACGUGAUGGGCUCAGCAAUUGGGCCAAUCUUCUUGACACCUUUAUCCGAAGUGUGUGGAAGACUGCCUCUGACACAUGCGGCAAAUACCCUGUUCAUGGUCGCGGCGAUCGUCUGCGCUGCGAGUAUUAACAUGCCCAUGUUGAUCGUUUCGCGGUUCGUCAUGGGUAUGGCCAGUUCCGUGCCGGUAACCGUGGGAGGAGGAUUUGUUGCAGAUCUUAUGCCUAUGGAGAAGCGUGGUACUGCUAUGACAGUCUGGACUGUUGGGCCGUUAUUGGGAUUUGUGACUGGCCCGAUCUUUGGGGGAUACAUUGUCGAAACUGUUGGAUGGCGAUGGACUGUCUGGAUUGAAGCUAUUCUCGGCGCCAUUGUUGUGAUUGUCUCUAUGAUCUUCCUGCGCGAGACAUACGCCCCCAUCAUCCUCGGACGCAAAGCCAAGAAGCUCUCAAAAGCCACUGGCCUUUGCUACAGAACCAAGUUUGAGCAGGACAAGACCGUCUGCCAACUCAUGAGGAUCUCCAUCACUCGCCCUGUCAUGUUCCUCGUCAAAUCGCCAGUCGUCCUCAUAGUAUCCCUCUACAGCGCUGUCACCUACAGCUACAUGUACGUGCUAUUCACAACAUUCACCGAAGUCUUCGAGAAAGUCUACGACUUCACCCCUGGCCAAGCUGGUCUGGGAUACCUUGGUGUCGGUCUUGGUUUCUGCGUCGGCCAGAUUACCGUUGGGUAUUUCUCCGACCGCUACCUCAAGAGACAAGAAGCCAUCCACGGCAAGAUGAAGCCAGAGCACCGUCUUCCCCCUCUGGUCCUGGGAUGCUGCCUCGUUCCCAUUGGUCUUUUCUGGUACGGCUGGGCAGCCGAGUACCGUCUGCACUGGUUUGUCACCAUCGCAGGAACCUUCUUCGUCGGGCUGGGUAUUUACUACGUGCACCUGGUAACUCAAGUAUACCUCGUCGACGCCUACACGCUCUACGCAGCCAGUGCCGUUGCGGCAGAACUCUCAAUUCGGUGCGUCUUCGGUGCCGUCAUUCCCCUUGCCGGACCGGAUCUAUACGCCAGCGUUGGCCUGGGCUGGGGCAACAGUAUCCUAGGAUUCAUCGCGGUGGCAUUCGCCCCAACAUCAUUCUUCCUGCUCAAGUAUGGCGAGCGGAUUCGCACGAAUCCUAAGUUCCAACCCAAGUUGACGUGA